AGGCGUCGGGACAGGACGGGACAGAGCGGUGCUGUGAGGAGCCCCCACACAGCGCACUCGUUCGUGUCCGACCCGGAGCUUUUCUGAGGCGUUGUUCCUACAGGUGACCUUGCGGCAAGACUGCGGGACUUGGUGGCCCGUGGCCUUCCCGAGGUUUCUCUUUUGCAGGUGCCCUUGAGGACUUGUGGACUUGGAGUUUUCCCAAGCCAUCUCCAGAAGGUGCCCUUGAGGCAAGAUUCUGGAAUGGCGGGCAGAUUCCUUAACCUCUUCAAGGUCUUCAGACCAAAAAAAAAGAAAGGCCCUGAAGCUGGCCCAGCACAACAGCCUGAAGAACCAGAGCAGUUCCAGACACGGCAGGAUGAUGCAUCCCUGGACGGGACACAAGUGCAGAAACCCGGCCGUGGCCGCUUCCGCAGAACCCUGAAGAUGUUCCGGAAGUUUCUGCGUGUUCAGCGCAGAGAGACCGGGAGCAGUGCAGCUGAGGGCCCCGCCGAGCCUGACUCGGGGCUGACCGCGCUCCAGGCAGAGCCUGAUGUCAGCCUGGAUUCAGCUGAGCACUCGCAAGAGUCUGAUGCUACAAGGAAUGAGGACACAGGAAACGGAGACAAGGCAGUGACUGACGACAUGGCCAUCACGAAUGCCAACACCAGAGACACUGAGGCCAACACAAAUACUGACAUCAAGCCCACUCCGACUCUGAUUCAGGAAUUAAUACGAGACUAUUUCAAGGACCCUUGUGCUUCUUCUCAGGAGCAUGUGCCAGCCAUUGUAAGGAACAUCCACCAGAGGCUGGUGUCCCACGUCACUGUGGAUGCCAGGCUGCAAAUUGACAUUGUGAGGCUGGCUGAAAAACACCCCGCAGACGUGGUACUGACCCUCCUGCGCUGUGCCCCAACGUGUGACAGAGCUGCUGCAAUCAUGUGGAAAACCAUAGGAUCAGUGGGACCAGCAGUGGAGAAAGUGCUGCCAACACUGCUGUGUGUGAUGGAGGACUGGCCUGUGCACAGCGCAUCCACCUCCGAUGGGGACAAUCAAGACGUUUUUGCCCUGGCUGCAACUCUGGUGAUCUGGGUGAUUGUCCAGGUGCCUGAGUGCCAGGAGGCCAUGAUCCUUUAUUCCUCCCGCCUGUUUGUGGCUUUGCUCUUCCAUAUUGUCAUCACCACACAGCAGAUGCCACCAGCGGAAGCUGGGCACUUCUGGAAAGAAUGUCGCGAAGAACAUCGCCUUACCAUCAACCCCAGCAGGUUUGCAGUGCAGGCCAUGAAGGCUCUGCUCUACCGCCUGCGGUGUGACAAGGAGGUGAUGGCUGUGGAGCGCAAGUGUGGCUGGGACACGCUGCUGUGUGCUCACACCCAGCACCAUGCCGUGGGUCUGCUGGCCAGAGAGAUGCGCCGUAACUUGGUCCCUUUGUGUUCUCGCAUCGCACUCCACUUGCUCCGGCGUCUCACUAAGCAGGACCCAUACUGGAAUCUGCCCUUCCUGGCAUUCCUUGUGGAGGUCCUCGAGUGCCUGGACUUGAGGGAAUGUGGUGGCAGUGUGCUGAAGGUCUUGUCAAGGUUCCUGUACAGCAAGUGCAGGGAGCAGCGUCGCCUGGCACUCAAAGGCCUCGUGGUGCUCAGCAAGAAUCCCUCAAUGGCCAGAAGAAUGGGCAGUCUGUCCCCAAGGCUUCUGGAGCUGCUGGAUGAUGCAGAUGGAGAUGUGGUCAGCAUGACCAUCCGUGUUUUCACGAAUGUUCUCCACCACAAAGAUAUCCUGAUAUCCAGCACCACUGCCCCACAGCUGGCUGAGGCACUCCUGCUGCUCUUUGACCAUGAGAACAGCCUUAUCCAAUUGCUCUCAAUUCAACUCUUCCGUAAAGUGAUGGAACUGGUAGUGGAUGAGGGAAAAAAGCCCCUGAAGACAAUUGUGAACAAGAGCCUCUACACACUUUUAAUUUACUGUCAUGAUGAGAACUGGGACGUGGCAGAGGCCUCUCGGGAAACACUGCUUCGAGUGGCUGAAUUCCUGAAGAGAAGGGAUCUCGAACAGUUCCUGAAGAAGCAGCCGCCCUUGAAAGUCGAUGAGGGCCCGCUGGCAGAGGACACGAGCCGAACGGCCGAGCACCAGCGCCGGGUCCUGCGCUGCCUGCAGAGCCUACAGGAGUCCCUGCGAGAGGCGGCCUUCAGGAUCAUGGGGAUGCCCGGGCGGCGCCUGAGGAGGCAGCAGGAAGAGCUCCAGCUCAUCUGGAAUGCCCUUCAAGCCCGGAGGCAAGGUGCCAGCCCAUCGUCCUCUAGCCUGGAAAAUCAAGCCCGAUUUCCCCAAACAGCUGAAGAAGUAGGGACAUCAUCUGGAUCCAGUGAACCGGUGUCCCAAGAACAGCACCAGGAGACACUGAAGAGGACAUCACCUCCAAGCGCAGCUGGAGCUCCUGUGUGUUUGCUCACCCCAUGGAACAUUGCAUCUCUAAAGGGGUACUAUGCCCUCUUUCACCUGCAUGACUUCGUAAGGCUGAUCCUGGAAUUUCUCUAACCUCCUUCCUUGGCUGGAGUUUCUCUCUGGAGUGACCUUCUCGGUGGUCAUUACAAAAAAGACUCUCCAUUCACCGUAUAUCAACUACCAUGACAAAUGGACUGAGAUGGGAGAAGGUUCUCCCAUCAAGGACUGAGACAUACAACCCCUAUAUGGAAAAGGUCCCCCUUCUUUCCCAAAGACUGAGACUGAAAUCCCUAGCAUGGGGGGAGGGAAAGUGUGCCUGGGGAGGGCCAGGUGACUAAAGCAAGUUUGCAAGUGACCACUGGACCGAGAAGACAAUGGUUCUCAGCUACUGCUGAUGGACUUUUUGUACGCCUACUGCUGAUGGACAUUUUGCACCCUUUUUCAAUAGCCUAUUUUGAAAUGUGACCCCCUUCCCCCAAUCAAAAAAGACUAUAAAAGAGGUUAGAGCUGAAUGAUACCUUUGAGAACUGCCCUGACGUGAAGACGGCAGGCUCCGUCAACUGGACUUGGAAGGAUCCCAUGUCUGGUGGCUAUACCCCUCUUUCCUUUUCUUUCUCCCUCUUUUUCCUUAUUCUUUCCCUUCUCUUAAUUCCCCUUCUCCCUAAUGCUUUUUGCUGUGGUUAUCCAAUAAAAGUACACUUGUUUUGAUUUUUACUGCAAAACCCCCUUGUUGUGUCAGUUUUUGCACCCUGAGGUCAGUGAAAAGAACCUUCAGGAAUCUUGUCCUUAGGACGGAUCGUGUCACAAAUUGGCAUCAGGGACAGGAUCUCUUAAUGCAAAAGGGGGAAAACUGUUUCUCUUGUGUUUAUGUGUAUCUGGACUGUUUGGGAAAGAAGGGGCAGCUUCAAGAAACUAAUCAGGGCCUCCCAAGCAGAUUAGCCCCUUCACCUACCCAGGGAAGUGAGGGGGAACACAAGAAGGACUGAAUGAUUGUGUAACAUAGCUUGUACUUCCCUGCUGUAGUUUUGGUCCCCUCACUAAGAACCAUUCGUGUGUGUGUGUGUGUGUGUGUAUGUGUGUGUGUGUGUGUGUGUGUGUGUGUCUUGGCUGUCUGGGAAGGAAGAGACACCUUGAAGGAGCUAAGCAGGGCCUCAGGCAGAUUUUGUCUCUUCACCCACCCAGCAAAAAGUUAGGUGAAGGGAAAACACAGUGUGUGAUUGUGUAACUUAAACAUCUCCCUGUUGUGGUCUCUGGUCCCUUCACAAAAUGACUGAAAACCUCAGUGCAAAAGGUAAAGCUGAAUUCUAUGCUCUGCUUGCUAAAUACAAUGCCACACCUCCUCUGGGAGGAGAAGAAUGGGCAAACUGCAAUUGGUUUAACUUGGAAAAUGUUAUUGAUAGAAUAUGUUCUCUGUAACAUGAAACAAAAUUUGAACUUGGUAAAGAUAAAACCAUCGUCUGCUCAGUUUUGGGAGCCUGCGUCACAGCAGCCAUAGAAACUCGCUUUAAGCAAAGAAGUGAGGAAAAUGCUACAACAGACUCCUUUCAAAACCCAGUUGAAGUUUUGCAAAAACAAUUAGAUGAGGAAACAAAUGAAAAUAAUUUAUUACGGGCUGCCUUGAGAGAGAAACAUGUCAAAAAUUCACAGAACUCUGAUUCCUCAAAAGUAACAGAGCAGAAGGAAACCCCCACAUUAAUCAAAAUUACCCUCAAACAGAAUUAGCUCUGAUGAAAAAUUGUGGGGGACACUGUUGUUGCAAUAGCAUGAAACCUCUCAUUAAAACAGAAUGUAACUAUAUUAAUGAUGAGGAUUUUGACCCGCA